AUGCGAGAAGAAGCCGAAAAGCCGUUCCAAGCGCCGCCGACCCACAAGGACCUCAUUCAUCAUGUUUGUUUUGUUCAUUUUAUUUUUUUUUAAAGUUCAUGUUUAGAUUUUAAAAAUCUCAUUCCGCGCCAAAUUUUCACGAUCUUUAUUUUCUUCCGAGUUACAGGACCUGUUCUGAAAUCCGCGUCAUAUUAAAGGCGCAUACGUAGAGACAGGUCGUGCGCCUCGAAGGGAACCAUAAAAGGGUUCUGUAGCUUGGAGGGAAUGAAAAUCGGGACAAGCUGGUGCGUAUAUCCUUUUUCUAGAGAUGGAAGAGUUGUAAGAAAUGUGAAAAUUACAAUUUUGUGUUAUUCAAAAUUCAAAUUCCUUUGAUGAACUUUGGAAAGGAACAUAAGUGAAUUACUCGAAAAAUUGAACUAUCAAUACUUUGAAAGUGUUUUUCGAAGCUGCAAAGGCCAAGAAUUUGGCUGCAAAUGGUUCAUCUUCCAAGUUUCUUCUUACAAGGAAACUCAUUUCACUUUUUGGUUGAAAACUUACCGAAAAUUGACUAGAACGCUCCUUGACGUACCGGAUAGAGGUCCUGAAAUUCUCAACCUGCACAACUUCCUAGUUUUUAAGAAAGGACAAGAAAACCUUCAAAAUCCUUUAAAAUGCACUAUUUUUGCUCUUUGAGCCCUUUCUUCUCGAAAAUGGGUAAGUUGUGCAGGUUGAGGCUUUUGGAAUCUUCUUUCGGUGCAUCAAGGAGUGUCCUAGCCAAUUUUCCGAAAAAUCCUAACCGUUAAGUAAAAUGACUUCUCUUUUCAGAACAUUCCAAAAGGUUCAGUCAAAAUUGAUUAGUUUUUAAAUUAACUGUCUUCACGUUAUUUUGCACGUAAUCUUGUUGAAAGGUAAUUUUUUCUAGCUCUCAGAUUUUUUUAAACACAGAAGCCCAUUAAAAUUGAGGAAAAUCAAAAUUAUCUCGAACCAGAGUGUUUUGAAGCAAUAACCGCUUCAGAUUUCGAAUAAAAAAUAUUUAAAGUGUACUGAAAUUUGUGAUAUUUUAACCUCUAAAGGUCUCAUUCGAUCAUCAUGGACGGCGAUUGGCCACCUGUUCCAGUGAUAUGACUUUGGCGAUUUGGGACCGAAAUGUCGAUGGAGAGUGGAAAAGAUCCGCUCUCUGGAAGGUUUAUUUUCAAAAAAUGAACUUUUUUAUUAAAUUCAUACUCAAACUUGUACAGUCCAUUCCAUGCCGGCUUGUCACAAGUUGUCACGAUUUUUUCCCCGAGCUACAGGACCCUUUUCUCCCGUUUGCGCGGCUUGUCUAUGCGCAUGCGCCUAUAAAGUAUCGAAAUUAGGCCAUUUGAAAGGCGCAUACAGAGAGGCAUGCCGCGCGCAUCGAAGGGAAGCAUACCGGAAAGAAGAAUGAAAAUUUUAACAAGUAUUCCGGGAUGCUUCUGUUCAGUACGCGAGGCCUGGCUGUCUGCAUGCGCCUUUAAUUUGGCAUUAAAAAUUGACGUUAUUUUAAAGGCGCAUGCAGAGAAACAGGUUGCGCGCACUGACGGGAAGCUUCUAGAAAAGAAAAAUCGUGACAAAAAGUCGCGGAAUAGGCUAUAAAUUUUUUGAAGAGAUCCUUGCUGUGUUUUUUGAAAGUGAAAAAACUGUUCACAACCAAACAUAAUAUUUGUAUUGACUUUUUGCCUUCAAGGAAACUGCUGACAUUACCUUAGCGGUUGGGGUUCUCCUGAAAAUUGGUCAGAACGCUUCCUGAUGUACCAGAAGACCAUUCUGAAUGUUUCAACCUGCAAAAACUCCUAGUUUUUGAGAAAGAACCCCUUAAAAUCCGUCAAAAUAGGCCAAUUUGGGGAUUUGAGCCCUCAUUUCUCGAAAACUCGGGAGUUGUGCAGACUGAAACUUUCAGGAUAGUUUUCUGGUACAUCAAAGAGUAUUUCGACCGAUUUUAAAGAUUCCCAAACCCUAAGUGAAAUGACCUCCCUUGUGAGCAUUUUAAAAAAAAAUGAUGGAAUUUUUUUCAAAUUUUUCAAAAAAAGAUCAUUUUUUAAGGUGCAUGGCGGAGCAGUUUGGCGCGUUAUUUGGGCCCAUCCCGAGUUUGGGCAGGUCAUCGCGUUAGUUUUAUUUUUAUUCUUCAAGUAAAAAUAUUUGAAAAAAAUCAUCGAUACCUUGUGGAUUAUUAGAAAGAAUUUUUUAUUUGUUACAACUUUUUUUCCGGCGAAACAAAGCUUCGAAACUUCAUCUUUGUCGCUUUUUCAAUACUUUCUUAUCGAAUCCUAACGAUUUUUUUAAAUAAAUUUAUUGCCUUUUUUUCGAAUGAAAUGUAUCAAAAUUAAUUCCAGAACCUGUUCUUUUGAUCGAAAUGUGAACGUCUGGUCGGAGCAGGUCAUCCGAAGCGAUUUGAGCCGAAAAGGUCGUUUCAAAAAAAGGAUUUUUUUCUUGAAAAUAUCGUCUUUUUCGGUUUUAAAUCAGUUCUCGGUUUUUCGAUUUGAUUAUUAACUGUAUAUUUAGAAAUUUUUUUCGUUCUUUGAGCUUCAUUGUGUUCGGUUUUGAAAAAAAAAUGGUACGAAAAAAAGACCAGCGAAAAUUCAAACGGCGACUUUUCCGAUUUUUUCAUAUCACUAGGAAACUUUCCGACUUUUUUUUUUCUCGAGAAACCAAUCCUUUUUGAAUCUUUCAUCAUGAAGUUGGUAGUUGAUUCAUGAUUGAAAACAAAGAGAUAGGAAAAAAAAAAUGUAAUUAGAUGUCUUAUAAACCGAAAAAAAUUAGGGGAAAAAGUCGGAAAAUGGCCGUCGGAAAGUUCAUUAGCGAUAUUGAAAAAUCGGAACAGUCGCCAUUCAAAAAAAUUUGUUGGCUUUUUUUCGCACCACCCAAAAAAAGUAAUUUUCGAAACGUAGAAAUUCAAAAACAGUUUUUUUAAAAUUGAACUGCGAAAUUUUUUUACUCUUUUUUUCAGUGAAUAAGGAAUCUGAGCUUCCGCGAAAUAAAUUUUUGAAAAAAAUCUAAAGAAAAAAACCUCUGAUAUAAUUUUUGACGGUUUUUUUCUCUUAUACAGGUUGAAAAUCGCCUGUUAAGAAAGUUUAAGAGGAAUUUACAUGAUCGUUUCAAACAUUUAUACAAAAAAAUUUUUUUGAUAUUUAUAAACUUGACGGUUUCAAAGAUUGUUCUUCUUUUUCGUAGUCUUUUUCAGAGUUUAUAUCAACUUAAUAUUGUAAAAAGUUGAACGUUAACUGGGAAAUUUUUUAGUGGCCACUAUAGAGGUCUAAGUGCUACUAUUAGACAACUUAAAAUUUUAGUGGCAACUUUAGGGGUCAAUGGAUCUACAUAACUGGUCCUAUCUGUUUGUUUUGAAAUUAUCAGAGUUACUGGAAGGAAAAUUGGAUGAAAAACUACUGAAGUGGCCACUUAAUAGAGAAUUUUUAUAGUGGCUACUAAAAUGGAAAUUAGUGCCCACUAUAGAGGUGGGUUCAGUGGCCCCUUUAGUGUCCUUGGCGAGCCUCUAUAGUGGCCACUAAAAAUUUUCCCAGAAUUGAUUGGAAUCAUCCUGGGGCUUUUCAGAAAAAGGGAAGAGAAGGACGAAUUGGGUCCGUAGAACGAAUCUUUCCGAUAGCCGAGCCAAUGUGACGGAUAUCGCCUUUGCCCCGAGGCAUUUGGGAUUGAUGCUGGUUUUUUUUGCUUCUUUGUUCAAAAAACCAUUUUUGUGUUUCUUAAAGGCGCAGCGGCCAUUUUCAUAAAGGUCUCAAAGCGAAAAAACCGUCUUUAGUGAUUUAAUAGGCUGUGCAAAGCUUCUGCGCUUUCGAAUACCCUAAAAAGUUUUUGAAUCGAAAAUAUUUUUGAAGGUUUUUUUACUUAAUUGGGAAGGUAACUUGAUAUUUUUUUAGGCCAGCGUCUCGGCCCAAGGAACUGUCCGCGUUUAUGAGGCUCCCGAUGUGAUGGACCUUUCCAAAUGGUCCCUUAUUCAUGAGCUCCAGGUAAUAAAAAGAGAUAAUAAAAUUUAAAAAAACGUUCAUUUCAUUCACAGUGUUUUUACGAGAAACUUUGAGGUUCAAAUUUUUCAAAAAAAAGGAAGUUUAAUAAUAAGCAGAGCACUUAUCAAUGUACCUAGACCUGAAAAAAGAAAAGUUUGAACCUCCUCAGUUCUAUAUAUUUUUGGAGAAGAACACCUCAAAGGAGGAGGAAACCUUACACGUGCAGUCAUUUUUCUUGUCGAUUUGGAAUUUUCUACAAAUUUGCUUAAACUCGCUUUUACUGUCUAGAUGAAGUUUUUACAGUCGCAAACUUCUAGUUUUCGAGACGUAAUUCGCGUUUAACACAGAGUUAGACCCCCCACACACUAGGAGAUAAUUUUUAAUUUGCGACUCGGAAUUUUUUUACAAAUUUGCUCAAAUAGUCUCUGAAGGUUCAUACUAUGAUCCAUCAAAGAUUCAACCCUUAGUCCUAAAACGCUUUUUUUUCGCAACUUUAAAGAGCAUAUCUCAAAAACUAGAAGUUUGUACGGGUAGCGACUAUGAGGGAUCAGGUAGACCUUCAGAGAGUCUGAGAAAAUUUUUAGAAAAUUCCAAACCGCAAAGUAAAAUGACCUUUCUUGUUAGGAUUCCGUUAAAUUGGACUAUUUUUGACCUUUGAGCCUUUAUUUCUCAGAAAUUAGAUUUUACGAAUCUGGAUGAUCAAAAAGUGUUCUGUUCGAUUUUCAGAAGUUCUCAUCCGCACAAUAUAAUGACCUUACUCGUGAGAAACUUGCUGAAUUUUUUUUUUCAUUUUUUUUUUUCGGAUAUUUUAGGACCUUUUCGCGGAAAAUUAAAAAAAUUUGACUUGGGAUUUAUAGCUGUAAAAUAAAAAAAGACCCAUUUGUCAAGAUAAAAAAGGUCUGAGGAAUUCUGAAAAAGCUCUCUGUAGUGGCGCUUUGAAGAGCCCUUAAUAAAAUCCCUAUAGGGACCCCUCCGGAGUUCUCAGUCGCUCAGAAAAAAGUUAUGAGAUAUAAGCCGUCAAUAGGCACACAUUACGUGCAUCUAUAUUCAAAAAAAAUGUGAAAUUUCGAAAAAAGGGCAAUUUUUGUCGAUUUCAGGCGUUCUACACACGUUGCGGCUGUGUAACCUGGAGCCAUUCCCGAAUCCAUCGGCCUUUGAUUGCCGUCGGAUCGGACGAAAAGAAAAGCGAGAACAACGAGAGAAUCGUCGUCUACGAGUAUAUUGAUGCGUUAAGGUGAAAAUAGAAUGAAAACCUGAUUUUUUUCUAAAAAAACAAAAAGUUUAUGAUUUUUUUGAGACUUUUUCCACCUUUUUUUCCAUAGGCAAAGUAAGAAUGAGUGGAAAAGGCUCCAUGGAAAUUUUCAUUUUUGCUGUUUUUUUGGGCCAUUUCAUCGGCUAUUAUGCACCAUUUUUGUUGCCUCUUUCCACCAUUUCUUGAGCCUUUCAAAUUCGAGAAAAAGUGAAAGGCUCUGUAAAGGAACCUUUUUUGCUGCCUUUUUUGAGCCUCUCUCUUUAAGCGGCCCUUCUGGGAAAAUUUUUAGUGGCCUCUAUAGAGGCUCGCCAAAGACUACUUGGAUAGGACACUAAAGUGUCCACUAAACCCACCUCUAUAGUGGCCACUUGAGUAGUUUUUCAUCUAAUAUUCCUUCCAGUAACUCUGAUGAUUUUAAAACAGAUUGGACCAGUUAUGUUGAUUCACUGACCCCUAAAGUGGCCGCUAAAAAUUUUAGUGGUCUAGUAGUAUCACUUAGACCUCAAUAAUGGCCACUAACUUUUAACCCCUCAAGUGGCCACUAAUUUGAGUACUAUAGUGGCCACUAAAACGUUAAAACCCUAUAGUGACCACUUAAAAUUUUCCCAGUUUCCCACCAUUCUGGCUUUCCCGGGUUUCUUUCAUUCUUCAUGAAUGAACAGAAUUUGUAAAAACAGUUUUUUUUAGAGUUGAAUUUUGAGGUUUCAUGAACUAAAGAGCGUUUCGAAAAUUACCAAUUUCAAUCAAUUUUUCAGAAAAUGGCAACGCGUCGUCGCUUUGAAACUUGAUCUUCCUUCACCCGUCACUGAUUUGAAGUAAUAAAUGACCUAACAUUCAUAUAUUUAUUGAAAUAAUUCCAAGGUUCUCUCCGAUUUCUCUAGUGGAAGCUCAUCAGUUGGCCAUCGCUGCCGGCGAUGUCCACAUUUUCUCGAUUAAGGUAUCUAAUUUGGUUUUGACUUUUUUGCCACGUGAAAUGAAGUGUGGCUCUUUAAACGCUUUCAUCUCUGCCCCUCCAAAGUUUAGUUAUUUUUUUCUUUCUCUGACAUUUGUUUUGAACCUCGUGGAAUCAUUUAAACAUGGCAUACUUUUCAUUUUCGCGCCUUUUUUUCCAAGUCGCUUUUGGUCGGGCGCUGAAAAUAUGUCAAGCAGUUUUCUCAUGAGAUAUCUUGUAUAUCGCGCCUUUAAACAAAACAGCAGGAGAAUAGAUACCGUAGACACAGCACGUUUAGGCUAAAAACCUAUAAAAACGAAGGUCCUGUGGCGAAGUUUAUCCGAACUUAAUCCAAUUCGGCAGAGGUGGAGAAAAGGCGGCCAUAAGCGUUUUCAAACGUUUACAUUUCUAAACCGACGUAGGCCGCCAUGGCCAUUUCUUAAAAAGUCGCUGCCCAGGGCGCCCGGGGCCAAAACCGCGAUGGCAAAAAAACGCCCUUGGAAGAAAAAGAACGCGCAAAAAAUGAAAUCUUCUAAAAUCUUGUAAAAUAGUUGUUUUCGAAGCUUUAAACAAGGUUUUUCAAAUUUUCAAUUUGGUGGCGACGGAAAUUUAUUCUCUCACUAGUCAGCGGGUUCGUAACCAUAAAUCUGGAGCAUUUCGCCUAAAGAAAAGAACAUAACCGUACUUCACAUAAAAAAAAAAUUCAACUGGACAUCAUAUCCACUGAAAAAAUUAAAAAAAUUAUUGAAAAAACUGCGAAAUCCACGAUUUAAGGAAAAAUGAACAAAAAUGACCAUUUUCGCCCUACUUUUGCAACGUGGAUUUAUACGCCAUCGACACAUAAUGACGCGGCUCAUUUCAUCUCAGAGGCCUGAUGGUUGCGCCCGGGAGGGCCCCUCAUUUCACCUCUGCAAUUUGGUAUCUGGCAAAAAUGGUGACAAGGGUGGGCUACUGGGAAGGCGGAAGUGGGUCCUGAAGGGAAUUCGAGAUUUAGUGGGCCCUCUAGGGAGUACAUAAGAACCCCUGUAUAUCGGCUCUCAUGCACCAUUUUUGAUGCCUCUCCCUUUUUCCCCAUUUCUUGAGCCUUAAAAUCCCGAAAAAAAAAUGGAAGGCUCGAUGAAGGGACCCAAAUCGAGUCCAAUAAAUCGGUAGUGAUGAGUUCAAAUUCAGGUCUCAAGAGCUGCGAUCCUUGACGAUGACAAUAAUGAAGGAGAUGAGCCUCCAGUCACUUCUACUGAUUAUUCGGCGAAUAAGGUGAGAAGAAAAACCGGAAAAAUGUGAAAAAGACUCAUUUUUUGAGUGAAAAGAAAGAAGAUUCAGUUAUAAAUUUCCUGGCUCAAGCUCCGCCCCUUUUGUGUAACCAAACCAAUCAGAGAGCGAGCCAUCUAAAGAGUGUUUUUAAAUGACGUCAUAGCACUUGAAAAUCAAAAUCUGAGCAGACUAUAUAGCCGAUUCACGGUUAGCUAAGAGGGCGUGGCCUAUCUGCGCUCUCCACGAGUCAGGCACUGUCUCGUUUUUUAUCGUUUCAGGACCCUUUUUCGAUGAGCUUAGCCAGCCGUGAAUCAGCUAUAACAGUCUCUUCUGUCGAUAACUUCCACACUUUUGUUUUCACAGAUCGCCCUUCUCGGUGACGUUCGAAAAGCCUGGCGCCUCAAGUACAACGUGACGGGAACUGUUUUAACGGCCAGCAGCUGUGAUGGAACUGUCCGAACUUGGAAAUGUUCGUUUUGAUUUUUUAUCGGAAUAGGUUCCCUUGAAAAAGGUCAAAUACACAAUUUUGGAAAGUUGUAUGUUAGUGGCUCAAAGAUUCUGUGAAAAAAAAGUUACCAGGGCUCGAAAAUUGGUUGCCAUGUGACGAUUAACGCCUUUAAAAAAAUUACAAAAACUUUUACUGUCUGCAUUUUUUAGCCGAGCAUCUAUAUGAACGAUUGCAUAAGUUUUAUAGCCUUUUUUUGUCAGAAUUAUUUCUCUCGAAGCUACAGUACCCGCCUCUUCGAUACACACGUUCUGUCAAUGGGCAUGCGCCUUUAAGAUAACGGAAAUUUUAGACCUUAUUAAAGGCGCAUGCACAGGGACAGGUGGCGCGUUUGUUAAGAGAAGCUUCCCGGAAAUAUACCUCGGAGGGAAAUAAAAGUCGUGACUUUCGUGAAGCUUCCCUUCGAAGCGCGUGUACGUAUGCGCCUUUAAGGUAACCGACCUUUCUGGUUCAAUUAAAGGCGCAUGCUCAUUGUCGGGCCACGCGUCUUAAAGAAGAGGGUUCUUUAUCGGUUCUUCUAAGAUUUUAGAAUUUGGUGCCAUGUUUUUUGGGCGUGACGAUGAUCCUUUUAUAGCGAUACACUUUUCAGAUUCACCAGCUUCAAAAAAGGUCAUAAAAUGUAGCGCUAUUAAAGGAUCAUGGUCACGCGCGAUAAAACAUCGACGCGAAAAGGUACUGUAUGCAAAAUCUGAACAGGCUGAGCUUUAUUGUAGAAAAAGUCAAAUUUCUAAUAAUUUUUCACCGCAUCAGAGGGACAAAUCGUGAAAAAUGGUUAUAUAUCUGUUUCACGGCUAUAAUGAGCUACCGAAAAAGGGUCUUAACACGAUUAGAAAAAAGAGAGUGCUUGAUUGAUGGAGAACGCAGACAGGCCACGCCUUUUUGCGUCCCAAGCUAGCCGUUUUCAAAAGGAUUUUAUGACUUAAUGUGGAAAGAAAUCUGAUAUUUAAAAUUUUCAGCAACCUUCCUGAAACAGUGGGUUCUUCUAUCAGAAAUGCCGGCCGAAGACUACGUCACCGACGAAGAAGCCGUCACGGCGACCACCUCCCGAGGAUUCCUCUCUGAAAGACUUCGCGAAGAGAAAUUCCCUGUUUAUUAUUGA